AUGACUGCUAUAUCCCAGAUUAUAGCUAAAAAUCAGAUCACAAACGGUGGACCAAUUAUUCUUGUCCAGGCGGAAAACGAAUACAGUGCUAGCGCUAGCAACGAUAUCUACAUGCAGGCAAUCAUCGACCUUUAUCGUAGUAAUGGUAUCGUUAUACCGACCACCCACAACGACCAGCAUGCGGGCUUGAAUGGAAACUUCUCACCUGAUAAACCAGGGACACAUGUUGACAUCUACUGUGGCGAUUCCUACCCACAAGGAUCGAACAGUUGGGCUCAGGUCCAGUCUGUUUAUUAUUCCAAUCAUGUUGCCAGCGCACCCAGUGACCCUCUUUGCCUAGCUGAACUCGGAGGUGGCUUCUUGCUUGGGUGGGGUUCUUUAAUUUAUAGAUACUUCUAA